AUGCUGUCUGCCAUUCAGAUAAUAAAAACAAUUAUUCUGAUCAUAACCGGAUCAUGUGGGCUCCUCCUAAACUCAUGGAUUGUAGCUGUGCAUCUCAGCCAUUGGAAGAAGGGAGUGAGCCUUGGGGACUGUGAUCAAAUCAUUCUCAUCAAAGGGGUCACCAACGUUCUCCUCCAGUGCUUAUUAACUUUCAAUGGGAUAAAAUAUAAUUUUCAGCUGAAUGACUAUUUUGACAAGGAAUUCAUUUAUGUGACUUACAUUGUUUUUUUCUUCCUGGUUUCCCUCUGGAACUGGCUCACUGCCUGGCUCGCUAUCUGCUACUGCUUAAGACUCGGCAACAUUGCACAUCGCUUCUUUAUUGGCUUAAAAAAGAGAAUCUCCUCUGGAAUUACUCAACUCCUGUUGGGAACAGUGGUCGUUUUAGGCAUGAUUAGUAUUCCAUUUUUUUGGACACCGCACAUAAAAGUUAAACAAAAUACAACUUCCACCUUGGUCUUUGAACAAGAUAUUAAAUACCAUUACUUUAUGAUUGCAUUUUGUGUCUGCCUGCCAACUCUUAUAACUUCUCUCUGUAUGGGACUCAGCUUAAAGUCCCUUUUGAAACAUGUCCAUAGGAUGAAGCAGAAUCACUCUCAGUCCUGGAGCGGGAAAAUGAAGACCCAUGCAAGAGCCUGCAUGACAAUAUUCUUCCUUUUGGCUCUCAACUUGUUUUUCUUCUUGAUGAUUUUUAUUGGUAUUAUAGAAACAAAUAUUACAAUUCUUUGGGAAAUUAUUUUUUGGUCUAUAAUCAUGGCAAGUCCCUCAGGCCAAGCUCUCAUUCUGUUGUUUGGAAAUUCAAAGUUACGGUCUGAUUUGUUAAAGACUUGUUUCUGA